AUCCACCAGCACUUGUUUUACACCAGCCGAUACCACUAAUGCAUUAGCUAGUUACUGUAAACCCAAAGCAUUCAAGUAACAAUGAGAAUCUUCAUCCUCUUCUUGUGCACUUUUUCAAAAGAGGUUGCAUCCCAGAAUGAAGGUCAGUUAACUAUUGUUUCAAUUAAGUUGAUAGAAAUCAAAAUUACAGUAGGCAUUUUCAGUUAAUUUGUUCAACUUUAAAGCCUGUACAGUGAGAUAAUGAUUCCAUAACAUUCUUCUUUCUUUUUUAAAAUCAGGCCUUGUUAAAGCGAAGAUCUUUGGCCCAACGUCUCAAUGUAGAGCAGGCAGUGACAUCUCAUUAACCUGCAGCACAUUUGGGUUCAAGAAAAUUUCAGAAGUUGUAUAUGUUUAUUUAUUUAAGGACGGCAUUGCAAUUUGUGAUAAGAAACAACAGCUUAAGGAACAACAUGAAACUGUAUUUAUUUUGACUAGAGUCAGUACUAAGCAGAAUGGCAACUACAGUUGUAUGUUUUCCAAAAAUAAAAUGUCAUCCUCUGAAAUAAGAGGGAAAGGGGAUAAUUUAAUAGGCAUCACAGUGAUAGAGACUUUGAUCCCUGCUGACCUCGUAACAGGUCCAUCCAUUGUGAGAGAGGGAGAUGAUGUGGAAUUUACGUGUCGAAUGUCAGAUCCUCAAAAAGUAGCAAACAGCAGUUUUGUUCAUUGUUACCUCGUCAAGAACGGGGCUAUCGUUCUGGUUCAGGUGUUUGACAUUCAAAAGAUGAAGGCCAUUUUCACCAUUAGAACUCUGAGUAACGCAGCCAGUGGCAACUACAGCUGUGUGCUCCUCUUAUUGGACUCUCUGCCAAAAAAAGACGCAGAGCUACAUGGAAGCACUGCUGUGUUUCUUCAGGUGAAGGAGAGAGGGGGAUGGAAGGAGCUUGUCAUAGGAAUUGUGUGUACCGUUGGUGUAAUCCUACCCAUAAUAUUGGUCUUCUGUCUAUACCUACACAUCACAAAACAAGGGGCUUUACAGUGUUGCAGAGGAGGAACACAAGUGGUGGUGAAUGAAGAUUUGCCAUUCGCAGAAGGAGACUAUAAUGCCGGAGCUUCAAACAUGGAAGACGAGCAGUGUUCUCAUCCGGUCACUUUGGAUGAAUUUUCGGACUGUGAGAGUAUAGAAGGUAGGUGGGGAUGCUUUACAAAUCUUACAAUAUGCAACACAAAAAUGGAAAGAAUUCAUCAACAGAGAUUAAUAACCAAAACAUAA